AUGGGGAAAUUAACGACAGUAGAUAUUCUCCUGAGACUAAAUCAAGAUUCUUCUCAAUCAAAUCAUUCAACAGUUAGUACAGCGACUAGAUCAAAGAAUCCAAUAGCAACAAAUCAAAUAUCAAUUCAGUCUCAAAUAAAGCUGCAGCUAACUCAAACAAAAAAGAAUAAAUUUCAACAGUUUGGAAUUACUGUUGCUGGAGGAAAUAGAAAAGGACAGGAAUUAAAUCAACUCUAUUGGCCUGAAGGGAUCUUUAUUGAUAAUGAGAAAUCAAUUUAUAUUGCUGAUUCCAAGAAUCAUCGUAUUGUUAAAUGGAAAUUGAAUUCAAAUAAGGGUGAGAUCAUUGCAGGUGGAAAUGGAAGAGGGAAUCAAAAUAAUCAAUUGAAUUAUCCAAUAAAUAUAAUUUAUGAUAAAGAAAAUAAUUCUUUUAUUAUUUCUGAUUAUGGAAGCAGACGAAUAUUUCGAUAUUUUGAUCAAAAUCAGACAAAUCAACAAAUUAUUAUUUCAAAUAUUAAAUGUUUUGGUCUGACAAUUGAUAAAAAUGGAUUUAUUUAUGUUUGCGAUUAUGUAAAUCAUGAAGUCAAACGAUGGAAACAAGGAGAUUAUGAAGGUGAAUUAGUUGCAGGUGGAAAUCGCCAAAGAAAUCGUCUUAAACAACUUAAUCAACCUAUGUUUAUCUUUAUUGAUGAAUAUGAUUCUCUUUAUAUAUCAGAUCAGAACAAUCAUCGUGUGAUGAAAUGGAAAAAAGGUGCAAAAGAAGGUGAAGUUGUUGCUGGUGGAAAUGGUGAAGGGGAUAGUCUCAAACAAUUGUCUUAUCCUGGAGAUGUGAUUGUUGAUCAUUUGGGUCAAAUCUAUGUGGCAGAUUGUGAUAAUCAUCGAAUAAUGCGUUGGUGUGAAGGAGAUAAAGAAGGUGAAAUUGUUGUUGGCGGAAAUGGUUUAGGAAAUCAAUCAAAUCAAUUGAAUCAUCCCGCAUGUUUAUCAUUUGAUAAUGAAGAAAAUCUGUAUGUUGUAGAUCAAUACAAUCAUCGAAUCCAAAAAUAUGAAAAAAUUUGA